AUGAGCGCCAUCGAAGCCCUCCACAUCCACCGCCGCCUCCCCCCCACCCCCAACUCGCCCCCCCUCCUCCUGCACACCUGGCGCCGCCCCUCCACGCCCGCCAGCACGCUCCUAACGCACUACCAAUCGCACCCCGCGCCGCGCCCGCCGCUCAUCUACCUGCCCAACACCACGCCGCCCACGCUCCUGUUCAGCAUCGAGCACAACAACCUUCUCUUCCUGUGCCCCACCACGUCCGAGAUCGAGCCACUGCUCGUGCUGGAGUUCCUGCACCGCGUGGUGGACGUGCUGGAGGACUUCCUGGGCAGCCCGCUGCUGGAGAACAAGAUUGAGGCGAACUACGAUGUGGUCGCGCAGCUGCUCAAUGAGAUGUGUGAUGAUGGAAUCCCGUUUACGACGGAGCCGAAUGCGCUGAGGGAUGUGGUGCUGCCGCCGAGUGUGUUGGGCAAGUUGUUGAGUAAUGUUACAGGGCUGCCUAGCACCUCCCUCACCCCCACACCCCCCACAACACCCUCCACAAUCCCCUGGCGGCGCUCCAACGUCCGCCACACCACCAACGAACUCUACGUCGACCUCAUCGAACUCAUCACGGCCACCAUCGCGCCCUCCGGCCGCCCCCUCUCCGCGCGCUCCAACGGCACCAUCGCCAUGACCUGCAAGCUCUCCGGCAUCCCCGACCUCCUGCUCACACUCCAGACCCCCAGCGCCCCACAGCGCCUCGGCUCCAGCCCCACCUGCGGCCUGCAGUUCCCCGUCUUCCACCCGUGCGUGCGCCUCACGAGGUGGCGCGACCGCCCCGGCGAGCUGUCGUUCGUGCCGCCGGACGGCAAGUUCGUGCUGGCGUCGUAUGAGGUUGAUCUGCUCCCGAAUGUGAUCUUGCCUGUGGCGGUCGAGAUCAGGAUCCUCGGUGCGGAGUUUGAGGUGAGGGUGUUUGUGAGUACUGCGAAUAUCACGGGUAGUAGUGGGGGUGGUAGUGGGGGCGGUCGUGCGGGGGGGAGGAGCCCCGCGUUUGGUGGGAGUAGUAGUAAUCCUACCGUGGAGGAGGUGAGUGUUAAGGUGCCGUUGCCGCCGGCGGUGAAGACGCUGGUGGGUACGAGGUGCUCGAGGGGCGAGUUCCAUCAUGAGGGGAGGGAGCUGACCUGGAGGAUACCAAUGAACGGCGGGUUCUCAAGCACGGGGGGGACGGUGACGUUGAGGAGUGGCGUGGUGGUCAAGAGCACUGGUGAGGAGGACGAGAGCGACGAUGAGAAGGACAAGACGGAGUCAAAGAAGAGAAGCGACAAGAGGAUGGCGAUGGCCAUGCCACGCUGCGCACUCGUCUCGUUCUCUGUCAAGGGAUGGCUGGCAAGCGGAGUGAAGGUCGAGAGCCUGAAGAUUGUUGGCGGAAAGGGCAUCAACGAGUCUGUCAAGCCGUACAAGGGAGUCAAGUACCUGACAAAGGCAGCAGGCGUGGAGGUCAGGUGCUGA